AUGACCAACAACCCAUCCUCUUCAUCGGCUACAGAGGCCAACGCCCCCGAUAUAGAAAAAGAGCCGGACCAGAAUGCACCACCAAGGCUGGAUGUAUUUUCAGUCUUCACAGUUAACCAAAAGCGAGCCAUGGUAGCGACUGGCUCUAUGGCAAGCUUCUUCUCACCACUCUCCUCAAGCAUCUACUUCCCUGCCAUGGACACGAUAGCAGCAGCGCUGAAUGUCUCCACAUCCAAGAUUGACUUGACUGUCACGACCUACCUGAUAAUGCAAGGCGUUGCUCCCAUGUUGAUCGCUGGAUUCUCAGACACCGCCGGCAGACGUCCCGCCUACAUUAUCUGCUUCACCCUCUACAUCGCCGCCAACCUCGGCCUCGGCCUACAGAACGACUACAGCUCACUACUAGGUCUACGAUGCCUUCAAAGCGCAGGGAGCAGCGGCACCGUGGCGCUGGCCAACGGCCUGGUCGGAGACCUGGUGACAUCUGCAGAACGAGGAACAUACAUCGCAUUUGCUUCGUUGGGGAGCAUGCUCGGGCCUUCUCUAUCCCCGAUCAUUGGUGGACUCCUCAGUCAGUACCUCAACUGGCACUGGAUAUUCUGGUUUCUUCUCAUCUACUCGGCCGCCUUCUUCCUUCCACUCUUACUCUUCCUCCCCGAGACCUGCCGCAAAGUGGUCGCUGACGGCUCCGUUCCACCCCCAACGCUAAACAAAAACCUCAGUGACACAAUCCGGCACCGCAACCGAAAGGCCAAAGGUCUCGUCGUAGAGGAAAGCAAACUCGCCGAAGUACGCAAGAACUACUCCUUCCGGUGCCCAUCACCCAUGUCCACACUGAAAGUCACCGCCGACCUCGAAACGGGCGUUAUCCUACUCGCCACGGGGCUAACCUUCGCAUGCUUCUACGCAGUAAUGACUGGAGCUACGACCUCAUUCCACGAUACCUACCAUCUCAAUGACAUCGAAACAGGACUGAUGUACCUCCCUAUCGGGGCCGGCGGCAUCGUAUCAGCAUUCACCACGGGCCGUCUAAUGGACUGGAAUUAUCGUCGACAUGCCGCCAAGGCGGGACUCCCCGUUAUCAGGAACGUGCGACAAGAUCUCACUACUUUUAAUAUUGAAAAGGCAAGGCUGGAAGUCGGGCUGCCGAUGUACUACACGUGCAUCGUGUCCAUGAUCGCCUACGGCUGGGUCCUCGGUCACAAAGUCAAUUUAGCUGCGCCGAUCAUCCUGCUCUUCAUCUCGGGGUGGAGUCUGAAUGGCACAUCGCAGGUCUUGAACGCCAUUCUUGUUGAUCUGUGGCCUAGUCGAUCUGCAGCUGCAACGGCAGCGUGUAAUUUAUUUCGCUGUGAGUUGGGAGCUGCAGCUUCAGCGGCGAUUACGCCAAUGAGUGAGGCGAUGGGACAGGGGUGGGCGUAUACAACGCUGGGGUUAAUUUCUGUAAUUGUGUCGCCAAGUUUGUGGGUAGUUAUGCAGAAGGGCAUUAAAUGGAGGCAGAGAAGAUUGAGGAAGGAGCAGGAACGGGCAGCUAGAAGUCAGUAG